CACUGCAGCUGCGGCAAUACACUAGAGCCCUAUACCCAUAUAGAACGCUGCUCGACCUGCCUGGAUAUUGUCAACGGCUUCUCUUUAGCUACCUUAGUGGAUGCUAUCGAGGAUAUCGGCGAGGCUGGAUCCCUUCUUGCCAGCGUUGAUAAUCGAGGGCUUUGGGUUACCCACGACACAGGCGACAGAUCGAUUAUAUGCCCUCAUUGCAGGGCUAUCUUCUGGGAUGAGAAGCUGCCGAAGCAGAAGAGGGACCGUUUCUUCCUGUGCUGCAAGAACGGCGGCCUCGAUAUGCAUGAGUUCGCUGGCCAUUCGCCUAUACCCGAACCCCCAGUUGACUCACCUAUAGGAAGCCUAUUCUGCGAUAAUAAUCCUCAGAAUGAGGCUGGCAGAUUGGGUCGACUGUUCCGCAGGCAUAUCAGACACGUUAACAACUCUUUGGCCUUUACUGCUAUUACGGCUCGCAAGUCUGAUUGUCUGCGCGCCCAUGAACAUACUUAUAUAUAUCAGAUUCAGGGGACGACUUAUCAUAAGCAAGGGCCGUUGGAAGCUCGCCCGGGCCAAGAACCAGCCUUUGCUCAGCUCUACUUCCUUAGCCCCCAGAAAGCAAUGUCACGGCGGUUGGCUAAUAUCGGCCAUGUUAGAUAUCUCCCGGAGGUUGUCUCCAUCGCCAACGAUUACAUUCGAGCCCACAAUCCCUACUAUCGCCUCUUUAGGUGCGUUAGGGAGGUACUGCAAGAGAAUAUUGAGCUCGGUCAUGUUCGAUUGACUCCUUCCCUCAGAUUGAUGAAGGACCCUGAUUCUGGACAGCAGUAUGACCUCCCGGUUAGCCAGGCCAACACUGAGAUUGCUGGCUUUAUCCCCGAUAUCCCUCAUGAGUAUGGCGACACGGGCUAUCGAGACGUCUUAUUAUAUCUUAAGGAGGCCCCUGAUCUGACUCGCGGUGAAGCCGAUCCGUUCAUCUCCCAUAUUCGAAACUCUUUAACCGACGAUACCGAUGCUGCCGCUCCGGCUCAAGAUACCCAGGGCCGGUGGUUCUCCUACAUUCACUUUGAACAUCCACUAUAUCUCCCUCUUCACUAUGUGUUAUUUUAUGCCACUGGCGGCCGAGGCCAUAACCGCUCAUCAAUCCUGCGCAGCCUCACCACCGCUGGAGCACCACGGCGAAACAAGCAGGUUACUAUUCGUUCCUUCUCUCGUUGGCACCUCUGGGAUAGGGAAGGCUCAUUCAACAUCCUCCAUAGAGGAGCCGCUCUCUUUCAGCAGUUUGUGGUUGAUAUUUUUCUCUCUGUUGAUAUGCAGAGACUUCAGUACUUCUACUACAACCAGAAGACUAUUCGAGCUGAGCUCUAUCAGAAUACACGCGAUAUGAUGGCAGCUGAAGCUACACCAGACUCCAUCGGCCGUCGUAUUCUGCCUGCCACCUUUACUGGCUCAGUUAGGAACAUGCAGCAACAUUACCAGGACUCGAUGGCUAUUGUUCAACAUUACGGCAAGCCAGCCUUCUUCGUGACUUUUACAGCGAACCCCCAUUGGCCUGAGAUAGCUAAUAACCUACUUAAAGGCUCGGAUGGGACUCCUCAGCAGGUCUGGAAUGACCGUCCUGAUUUAGUGUCUCGAGUAUUCAAUUUAAAGAAUAAUGCUAUGAUUGAUAUCUUUCGCAAAGGCCAUUUUGGUAAAUAUCGGGCACACGUUCAGGUUAUCGAAUGGCAGAAACGCGGUCUUCCUCACUCCCACACUCUCUUUUGGAUCGAUGGCGCUUGGGAUAACCCGGAAUAUAUUGAUAAAUUUGUCUUGGAUGAUAAUGGCAAGCCGCAGCCCUGUUCCAAAGUCUUCCCGAAGAAACUGCGUCCUGAUACUAUCUUAACGUCUGCUAGAUAUGCUGAGUAUCGACGUAGAGAUCAGGUUCGCACUGAUAUACCGCAUCCUAACCUCGAUCUGCGCCGAACUAUCCCAACGGUCCAGAUCCAUGAUAGUUGGGUCGCUCCCUAUAGCCCAUACCUUUGCUCGAUAUUUAACGCUCAUAUCAACGUGGAAUCGUGUGCCUCGCUGGGUUCUGUUCGCUAUAUUCACAAAUACAUUCAUAAAGGCUCAGAUCGCGCCACUGUCGAAUUCGAUUCAGGAGGGACAGAUGAGAUAAAGCAGUAUGUGUCAGGGCGAUAUAUGGGCGCUAUGGAGGCGGCCUGGAGACUGUUUGGCUUCUCGAUCCAUUCCCACUACCCCCCAGUCCUUCCUUUGGUGGUUCACCUGCCAUCUCAGCAGACUGUGGUCUGGGACCAAAGCCAAGACACCCAAGACAUGCUAGAACAGAUCGAUAGACAGGUAUCUCAGCUUGAUGCCUUCUUCUCCCAUAAUAGAGGCCACUCUACGGAGAAACUUCUAUAUCAGGAGAUGGCAUCUCGAUACGUUUGGGACCGCAAAUGCUGGAAGCCACGGAAACAGGAGUCGAGACAGAUUGGCCGAAUGCACCCUCUAUCACCUGUACAGAACGCCUACUAUAUUCGAUGUCUCCUUACCGUUGAAGCCUGCUAUGCUCUAGGGCUUCUAGCAGGAGAUGAUGAGUGGACAUUCUGCUUUAAGGAGGCCUGCCAGCUACGAACUGGAACUGCUCUUAGAAUGAUGUUUGUGUCAGCUCUAUCAUUUGGAAGUCUAGAUAAGGACGCUGCCCUUAGGAUUUGGUCUCAAUUCGGCAACCAGUUCUGCGAUGAUCUUUCUUUACGGAUUUCACAAGGCGAUCUUAACUAUCCCUCUAACUGGACUAUGGAGAAAGCUUCGAGAGAUUUAGGUCUCUACUUUAUCUAUCGUCUGCUCCAACAAGAAGAACAUUCCCUUGAGGAGUUUGGGCUACCAAUGUUUGAAAAUGACUGGGAAGGAAACGGGAUACCAACGAACCCCCUUAUUGCCGCGGAAUUAGCCUAUAACCGAGCUGAGCAGGAAGCUUUAGCUGAGCAGCUGGAAGCGCAACUCAACACUGAUCAACAACGAUCUUACGGAACUAUCUUAGAGGCUCUAGAGCAGAUACCAGAGAAGACAUUAUUCUUCCUUAAUGGUCCCGGCGGCACUGGAAAGACAUUUCUAUAUCGAACUAUCUGCGCACGCAUACGUAGCCAAGGCCUUAUUGUGCUCUGUGUUGCGUCUACGGGUAUUGCUUCUACCCUUUUACCCGGGGGCAGGACUGCGCACAAACGUUUUAAGAUCCCAAUCCCUAUCGAAGACCAUUCAACAUGCAAUAUCUCUAGAUCUUCUCAGCUAGCAGAGCUGCUCCAGCAGACAUCUUUACUUAUCUGGGAUGACACUUCAAUGACUUCAGCUCAGGUAUUUAAUGCUGUUGAUCGAUCGCUCCGCGACAUCCGUCAGGUUGAUUCCCCCUUUGGUGGUCUACCAACUAUUUUGGGUGGGGACUUCCAGCAAAUUUUACCCGUUAUCCCGAUGGGUACCCAGCAAGAUAUUAUUGACGCCACAAUGCACAACGCUAAUGUCUGGCGGGAUUUACGCAUUCUGAGUCUGCGUGAGAAUAUGAGACUUCGAAGUGCUACCUCUGAAAAUCGAGCUUUUGCAGAGUGGCUGGCAAGGCUCACUAUUGAUGAAUCCCUGCAGGGUUGGAUCCGGCUCCACCCAGUCAUCAAGUCCACCACUAAUUUGACUGCCUUUACGGACUGGGCGUACCCAAAUCUCGCAGAGAAUUCUACUAACCCAGAGUUCUUUAAGGAUCGUGCUAUCGUGACAUCUUUAAACGAGAAUGUGCGGCUUCUUAACCAGUACUUCCUCGCUAAGUUCCCGAGAGAAGUGCUUACUCGAUAUGCAAUUAACACCACUGAUAUCAAUGAUGCAGCCCAUAAGGAAGUCUCGCGGGAAUUUCUACAGUCUCCAAAUUCCGGUUCUCCGCCACCAUCUAAGUUACGCCUCAAGAUUGGCGUUCCGAUAAUGCUUUUGCGGAAUUUAAACCCAUCUAAAGGGCUCUGCAAUAGAACACGUUUUAUUUUACGCCGGGCUCUGCAUCAAUAUCUCGAAGUUCAAAUUAAUAGUGGGGAUUUCGACAGGAAUAUCCACCCUAUUUACCGUGUUCGGCAUGAGAGUAACGCUCUGGACUUCCCAUUCAAGCUCUACCGGCAUUAA